AUGGACGCUAACCGGGCGCCAACGGAGGCUCGCCCCUUAAGUUCUGGGUUGGCUGGUCAAGAAGCGCCAGUUUCGUCUCAGCCACCUCCACCAGUUCGUCCACUUAACAGACAAGACUCUCGGUCAGCCUUUCCUCCGCAAUCUCCAAGACCUGCGGCACCUCCGUCACAGCCCAGGCCGCAGUUCCAACCAGGAGGACCUGUGACUACAACUCCACAGUUUGCGCCAAGAGUAGGUGCACCAGUAGCAAGAGGUCCAGCGCCAGCCCCAACUGGCCCUCCUGGCACUCAGCAAGUUCGGCCUGCUCAACCCACAGUACGACCUUUUGGUCCGCAAUCCAUUGCACCCCAACAAGGUCCUAGGCCAAUUCAGUCACCGACAGGACAGCCUCUGCAACGUGCUCCUCCUCCGAACAACUUGCAGUUCGGCCCGAGGCAGCCGCCACUUGUCGGCGCAACAACUCCCGACGGAGGUAGACCACAGAUUGCUGGACAGCAACCGAAUGGUACAAUAAGAAACGGUGCACCACCUGUUCUCGGAGUCCAGAGACAACCAUCACAAGGCUCUCUGAAGGGUCUGGAUAUAUCUAAUAAUUAUCAGACAAAAUCAGCCAACCUGGACAACCAAAAUAUUACAAGUGAAAACCCUAAUGUCCCCAAGGCUGAAAACGGCAUUGAAGGGCCGGGGGUGGCAAAAGGUAGGAGCUACAGCAUUGCUGCAGCCCCCGGAGCCCCAAGCCCAUUGAAAACAGAAGAUGAUCGACGCAAGUCUGUUAGUGCCAUUGGUGGAAGGAUAGAUGAAUUCAUAAGUCGCAGUCCAGGGCUUGGUUUGAUUCAAGAAGGAAAACUAGACAGCAAAGAAAAUGUACGGGAAUCGAAGGAAAGUCUUCGAUCAGAAGUUUCAAAUGAGGGAGGAAAAGAAGUUCCUGAACGCCCUGAAUCUCGUUUAUCUGGAUCUAAAAUGACAGAAUCUUUUAUUGGAGCAUUACCUACACCAAAAAAGAAAAUUGACGAUGACGAUGAUGUAAUUUUGCAAAAUAACCUGACGAGUUCACGAAACGUAACUGAAACUGCGAAACCAAAGGAAGAGUUUUCUGAUCGCUCUCCAUCUUUGACUCGUAGUGAUGAUUCUCCUGAACCCAAACAAAAACCAUCAAUGAGCCCAUCAGUCCCUAUAAAGUCUCAAAGCAUUACCCCAGAACCUGCUCGUCCAAAAACUCCUAAAGCUGAACCAAAGUUAGAUCCAAAGACAGAUAGUAGUAAAGAAACAAAGCCAGUAACCCCAAUAAACAAGACGCCUUCAAAAUCUCCUUUACCAGAUGCUAAGCCACCACAGCAAGUACCGAAAAAACCAAACGAUUUAACUUCACCAAUUGGUUCUGCAGACGUAAAGAAAACACCUCGUAAAACAGCAUCUGCGCCAAAAUCCCGACCAAAAGAUGGUGACAACGAUAGCGGCGUCGAUGAAUCUACGCAAGGCAAUGAUGUCAAUGGAUCUCCCGCUUCACCCAAUAAGAAGAUUCCAAGCAAACUUCCCAUGAAGGAGAAGUCAAGUAACAGUUUGAAAACUAGCCUGUCACGGUCAUCAAGCAAAAGUGCUACUGCUAAAACGCCGGAAAAUCCACCACCGAAUGAGAAAAAAAAGGUGCCGAUGAACAAAGUACAAGUUGGCAAUGCUCCGUCGCCUAACAUUAAAGCUGUGAAAUCGAAAAUUGGCUCAUUAGAUAAUGCGACGUACAAGCCUGGCGGUGGAAAAGUUAAGAUUGAAAACAGGAAAUUAGAGUUCGGUAACGUAACGCCUAAAAUUGCUGCUAAAAAUGAGGCUUAUACUCCAAGUGGUGGAGUUAAGAAGAUCGUAUCCACGAAAUUAGAAUGGAAUGCGAAAUCGAAGGUUGGAUCACUCCAGAACACUGCUUACAAACCAGGUGGUGGUGACAAGAAGAUUGAAACUGUCAAACUGGAUUUCAAAGAAAAAGCAAAACCAAAAGUAGCUUCGACAGUUAACAUCACUCAUAAGCCUGGUGGUGGUGCAGUGAAGAUUGAAAAUCAAAAAUUGGAAUUCAAAGCACAAAGUAAAGUGGGCUCCAUGGAUAACGUAAAGCAUAAACCUGGAGGCGGUGACAUCAAAAUUUUCGAUGACAAAGAAUACAUCAAGCAGAUGUCAGGCCAAUCGCCGGUGCCAGACAGUCUCGGCCAUUCCCGACAGGAGGAUCAAUAUUACAUGUCCGUCCACGAGUGGACUGAAGAAGACCGUCCCAAGUCCCGGUGCCUGUCAGCUCGGGCGCCGAGGACUCCUCGCACGCCGCGAGCCCUCUCACCUCGUCGUCGGAUCCCAAACAUGGAAGAAGACCUCGUCCAACGCAACAACGAGAGGAAUCGACGAACUUCUGUAGCUAGGCCCAUGAGUGCCCGCGAGCCACCACGCUCCGCCCUCUCUAGGCGAACCUCCCUCACUCAACGUCCAGCCUUCUCCAUAUAUUGA